UGAAAGGGAAGCCGGAAUGGAAUAUGCUCAUCGAUUUUAAAACGUAAAUGUACUGUUUGUGUUAGAAAACUACAAGUUUUCUUUGCUAGCUUGAUUUCCUUUUGUUGUACAUAUGCGCGCUUUGUCAGACGUUAGAGAACCGUGGCACGAGACCGCGAGUUCUGUUUGUUUAUAUCGCGAGGUUUGCUUUCUCCAGUGAACUUUUUAAGUCUAAUAAUGGACUCGCAGUGUGAGUGUUUUAUUUAUUUUCCUGCCGCCCCCAUAUCAAACCUGUCGGAUUAUAAAAGUGUCCCCCGGAGAAACCACGUCUACCUCGGAGAGACGGUCCAGUUCCUGCUUGUCCUGCGGUCCCGGAACCGUGUAGGUAAGGAAGGCGGACUGGGGCUCCGGUGGAAGGACCUGGGGGGUUCUCUGUCCGCCAAGGCGAGUGCAUGCGCAGCGGAAACACGGCAGACCAGUCCCGAAGAGGACCGGUCAGAUGUCCGGAGCAGCUGCAGCGAGGACGGGACGGAAGAGGAGGACGAGACCGGGAAGACGGAGACCGCAGAGGCUGGAGGAAGACAACAGGACACCAGCGGGACGUUCAGACAGUGCAGCCCGCUUUUCAUAUACUGCAGCUCGGCCAAUGAGAGGAGUCAGUACGGGGCCGAACCACAGAAGUCUGUUUUGGUGUUGGACGAUCAAAUUAUCUUCUGUCUGACUGUCUCUCUGGACAAGCUGCCAGUGAAUACACUCAAAGUCAAGAUCAUAGUGACAGUGUGGAAGCAGGAGGAUGAACAAAUGGAGGUGAGAGAACAUGGUUAUUUGACUCUUCUGCAGCUAAGGAACCCAGCACACACCUUUCAAAAGGACGCCAGCACCUUCAAAACACAGGUCAGUACCACUCUGAAUGUUCUUCCUCCUCCCACUGUUCGGUGUCAGCAUAUGCUCGUAUUCGGAAAACACCUGAUGCUACUCAAAGUGUUGAACUCCAGUUCUCAAGAGGAGGUUUUUGUCAGAGAUGUGAAGAUCCUUCCCAACUAUAACUCCUCCUACCUUCCCAUGAUGCCUGAUGGUUCAGUUCUUAUUGUGGAUAAUGUCUGCCACCAGUCAGCAGAAGUCACUGUGGCAUCAUUCUGUCGAGUGGAUAGCAAGUCUUCACGUUUACCCAGCAUGCUCAGUUCUCUCGAGGAGCACAAUUUUCUGUUCCAGUUGCAGCUACAAGACAAAGCAGAGGAAGACUCGAGUGAGGGUCUGGAAGUCCCAUUGGUUGCUGUAUUACAGUGGUACACUCCAACAUUCCACUUCACCAGACACAUUUCCACCUAUUACUCGCUGCCCAGUAUCUCGCUGGAUCGUCCUCGGCUGGUGAUGACAGCGUCUUCUCCCAGCACUGUGAGGCCUCUCGAGAGCUUCUGGGUAAAAUUCACUCUACUGAACAACUUGCGUGACUUGCUGGCUGUUCGCCUGAUCUGGACUGCUGAGGGAUCAGCUCACAAAGGGGGAGGACAGGACUCUGGGCUGGGGGCGGUCAUCUGCCAGUCUCCUCUCAACAACCUGGGCCAUUGUAGGAAGGGCACAACCCUCUCUUUUACCGUCUCCUUUCAGAUCCUCAAGACUGGACUGUUUGAGCUGAGCCAGCAUAUGAAGUUGAAGCUUCAGUUCAGAGCAUCUGUGUCGGCUCCUGCUGUGAACUCUCCGUCGUCACCUGGAUCCGCUGUCAGAGAACCGAUUCAGAGACACAGUCUGGCCUAUUCAUCGAGCUUCUCUGACCAGCAGCCCAGCAGGUCACACCACAUUAGGUCUGGCAGUGUGAUAGAGCAUCCGAGCACGACACCAUCAGUAGGAGAGCCCGUGGGUAGAGGUCUGUGCCAGCUGUCUGACCACACCUUCAUUUCACUGGGGAAAAUCGCUAAAAGGCAGUGUAAGGUGUUGGUGCUGGAACCAGUCAAAGACACACACAGCAAAUGACGGUGAGGUUUUACCGCCGGUUUUACAUCCUCAUCAAGUACAAACAACCAGAGCUUCACAGCAGAGGAAGAGGACGGCAGUGUCUGGGACAUCGCUGCAUGAGACACAACAACUCAUCAUUUUACUCUCAAUUCCUAAAACUUAAGGUUUUACUUCUUCCUUUUGUUUUCAUUUUUGUUUUUAAAUUAGAAACUGUUUGCCUUAUUCCUCUCAUUCCAAGGUAUGUUUGCCUUCCUCUGCCUUGGAUCCUUUCAUCCACCCACUAUACUGUAUGUUCAUAUAGUGUUCAUAUAGUAGGGGUUGAAGCAUUAACUGACUGAAGAUGUUAUUUUUAAUAGAAGCGCUUGUUUUUUUGCAGGAUAUAAGCAGAAAAUCUCAUUGUAUCUGCUUAAGACUGUAAGGGUCCAACCUUUAGUUAAAAUAACCACAUGAUGCUGAUGGACGACUGGUCUGUCUGAAGCCUUUGCACUCAUGCUGUAUAUUUUAUAGUCAGAUCACUGUAAUAGGAUCUCAGGUUGAACUAAGAGUAUCACAAAAGUAUUCUUAAUAGCUCUGCCUCUUUACGUCUUGAAGUUAGAGUUUGUUCUAUUUAAAUUAAAAGUAUAAGUGUUUUUACUGGACUAAAAACAUGUUAACGUUUACACUGGAGCUGCGUAAAGAGGCAUUUAGAACCUGCACUUCAAACAUCUCCUCUGAUGAAACUACUGAUCAGAUUCGUUUCAAAUUUCAUUUCAAUGUAGCUUCCUUGGGACAAUGUGUACAAACUCAGCUCAUAUGUUUAAGAAGUUUAGAUUUUUUUCAUUUUUGAUGAAUUUUUUUGGAGUAUUAAAAAUUUGCCUUUACUUAUAAUGGGCCAUAUUUUGAUGGUUUAUAACAUGGAAUUGGUUAGAGAUAUCAAUAUAGUUGCUUUUGAGCGCUGAUAGGAAGUCAUAUAUGGACUUUAAUUUGGGUCCAUGACCUUUGACCUUACGUGGUCAAACUCACGGUCACUAAUGUCGAGAUUUCAACAAUCUUCUUAUCCGAAACUACUGGUUAGAUUUAUUUCAAAUUUUAAUUAGAGCUUCCUUGGGACAAUAUCUACAAAAUUUGUUCACAGAUUUGACAAAUUAUAUUUUUUUAAUUUUUGACAAAUUGUUUUCAAUAUUACAAAUUGGCCUUUACUUAAAAUGGGUCAUAUAUUGAUGGCUUAUAAUGUGGAAAUGGGCAGAGAUGUCAAUAUAGUUGCUAUUGAGCACUGACAGGAAGUUAUAUGGACUUUAAUUUGGGUACAUGACCUUUGAUCUUGAGUGACCUUGAAGGGUGAAACUCAAGGUCACAAAUGUCUAGAUUUCAACAAUCUUGUUAUCCGAAACUACAGGUUGGAUUUAUUUCAAAUUUUCUGUGUAGCUUCCUUGGGAGAAUAUCUACAAAGUUUUUUCACAGUUUUGAGAAAUUUAGAUUUUUUUGUUGAAUAUCUGAAUUAUUAAAAAAUUCCCCUAAUUAUAAUAGGCCAUAUUUUGAUGGCUUAUAACAUGGAAAUGGUUAGACAUAGCAAUAUAGUUACUAUUAAGCAUUGAUAGAAGUCAUAUGGACUUUCAUUGAAUUAGUUGAGUUCUCCUGUGAAAGCACCGCCCACUUUUAUUGGGACACUGAUCUCUUACAUCCAGACCACAGGACUCAACACAGCAGCAGAACUUGACAACCUCGCAAAUUCAACUUGUGAUUGAUUCUUGAUAGAACAUGCUGGUGAGCUACAGGGCCAUUGGUCCUCUUUUUAUGUUGUAUAUUUAUUGUUACUGUAAACUUUUUAUUUGGUGUCACACAUUUUUGUGUUUGCAUGACUUCUAAUCCAUUCUAGCAGUUCAGUAGCGAAGCAGAACUUUUCACAGUGAGCUUCUUUUCUUUCCAGUGUCCUAUAAUUCAAAGCUUCUUAAACAGUACUUUUACAAAAGGACCAUUAGAACAUUUAAUAUAGGGCCAAAUAACACAAAUGGGACCAGAAGGACAAAAAAUCACAUACUUAAGAGUAUUUACAAAAACUUUUAAUAGAAGUCUGUGGGAACCAGAUACAAUGUAACAGAACUAAUCUUCUGUCGUCUUGAGCUGAACAUGAAUCC